AUGACAGAAGAGGCUCAUGGCCUAAAGGAUAGGAUCCCGAUCAAACCUCUUUGCACGGUGAUCGUAACCAACUUCUUUAGCAGCGAACAUGAUUCGGGUGUUCUGAACCUGAUGGUGGACGAUAUUGUCUACGUGCUCAAUACCCCAAAUUCCAAGUGGUGGGACGGGAUCGUGGUGGAUCCCGCUGGAACCGUAAUCAGAGGCUGGUUUCCUCCGUCAUGCACCCGUGUGAUCUCGCCCGAACCUACUCCGCACACUUCCGUGUCCACCACAAGAGAAGACCGUCGCACAGUGGACUCCCUGCCCGUGCAGAAAACGUCCUCUUCCGUUUCCCAUAACUCGCUCCACACGCCAACCUCCACCGACGAACGCUCGCGCUCGAUCAACCUCACCUCCAUCGAGGAAAUCGACUCCUAUUUCACCCCCGUCUCGUCCCAGCCCAGCUUCAACUUCAUGCCCGUCUGGAUCCCGCAAAUUACCCAGGACAACGAGUUCAUCUACUACAAUUCGGCCCUCAACGUCCAUUCCAAGGAAUUGCCGCUGAUCAGCGCGGACUACGUCGACGAUGGGUCUGCAGUCGAAAUUCCCGACCCCUCCAAAUUUAACGGCAUUCCAACCGUGCCUAUAGAUGUGAAGGAAACAGUUGAGCCCCAGCGUCCCGCAGAUAAACCAGAAGACCCACCCCAGCAACACAUCCCAACACGCGAAACCUCUGUCUACUGCCAGGCACACUCAGACGUGUCUCUAUGGUACAAUCCGGACCUAUUCUACCAUUCUCCAGGAGACGUCACCAAUUGGAACAUGAUGAUCAAAAGACUGCGUUACCUCGUCGGCAUGUGCAUGGACGCGAUGAACAAAAACAACCAAAAGCUUUUUAACAUUCAUCUGAACCACGUCGGGUCUGAUAUCACCCUUCUUCACCAACUGAGUAACCUGAUCAUCAAGGACCUGCAAAAUAACAACAUUCUCGAGGCGGUGAAACAGCUGUUGCGGAAAAUCACCACUUCCCUCAUGCAACUGACCAUCAAUGGCCAGCUAGAGUUUGUGAGUCUGCGUAUGGAGCAGACCAAUUCAGACCCCGAGUCCGACGACGAGCCCGAAGGAUCGCCGGAAAAUAGCUGUCGGUUUAGCGAAGUGUACUACAAACGGGCCGAGAUCAAUGGUAUCAAGCUGCUGAAAAGAGUCGACGUUCUCCGCGAGAUCUUCAUGAACCUCAAGUACGAACAGAACGUGGAUCCAAACGGUAUUCCGCUUCUGUACCCGAGGUUCUUCAAAAACAGAUUCCACGCAGGUAACCUGACGAAUCCGUUUGACGAUAUGGACAGUACAUCAAAUGUUGCGGAAAACCUGUUCAUCGACCACCAGUCGCGCAAAAACAACAUCCUGCUUAACGACGAAACGAUCGAAAGUCUCGUGGAGGCCAGAAACCAGGCCUGUGAGCUGUUGAAAGAAGUUUCUGUGGUUCUCACCACUCCGAUUCCAACAGAGACGAAAUACAACGAUUUCCUGGACGACCGCAACCUCAACAUCUCGACGCUAAUUUAUCGCUGUGUGCCGUCUCUCAGUCGGUUCCUGAACCAGCUGGAGUCUAUCGAUUUCACGAUUUUUGUCAUGGUGAACCGACUAUCCAAGAAAGAAAGACCUCAGUUUGAAGGUUUCUCCGAAGAGGAGCCGAGCGACUCGAACGUGUUGUUCUAUGAGACCACGUCGAAACAGGUUGAACCGUUGUUGACCGAGUUCAUGACUCUGAAGCAGAACCUGCACAUUGUUCUGUCUGAUCUGAUCAUUGACGCUCAGAACAUGACCGUUGAAGAUCCAGAGGUUUUCAAAGGACUGAAGGAUGACGAGGUAUUUUAUGACAAGGGCGCACAAUCUAUGAAGACAGAGAAGUUCUCCCAGAUGUUGAUCAAGAAUUUGCAGAAACAAGAUCUGGAGAGCCUAGACAACGGGCUUUAUCUUCUUGAUUCGAACUUGAAAUUACGUGCCACCAUUUCCAAAGCCAUGGAGCAGUUCAAGUUGCUGAUUAUUUCGGUGACCCAAUUGAAAGAAGAACGUCAGACAAUCCUGAACUACUGUUCCAGACUCAUGAACACAGACUUCAACGUGGCGUCGCUGUUUGUUGCUGAACGGCACAACACAAUGGUUUCUGCCAACAGUCAGUCAGAGUUCUAUUAUGAACGCAGAUCCUCUUUGGACGGCGAACAGGAACUGCCAUGGUUUUUGGGGGCCGACGACGACGAGAAGUCUUUGAUUUUCGAUACAAGCGGAGUGAAAGGUGGCCCGGUUGAUGGUUUGAUUUCGCGAAUGGUCAAUCCGUCGCAUCCUAACGAUGAGGAGUACAAGAACACGGUGUUGGCGUUGUUUGUGACGUUCAUGACUCCUUUGCAGUUUUUUGACAGUCUGAUUGCGCGGUACAACUUGGAGAUGCCUGAAGGCUUGAGUUACGAGGAGUACAGUGUUUGGAUUGACAGGAAACGCAAUCUACAACGCAAAGAGAUUAUGAGACUUUUUGCCAAACUGUUUUCUGAAAAAUGGUUGUGUCUGUAUUCUUCGCCGGAGUUGUUGGACAAAUGGAACAGGUUCAUCACCGAGAAUGAGGUUGACCCGAAAGUUGCCCAGCUGGGCCAGCUGGUGAUUUCUAUGCAGGAACAGCCGGAAUGGUUUGCUGCGUUUGGCAAUGGUAAUCCUGUACCAGAAAAGAAAAAUCAACGGCCACCAAUCCCAUUGAUGUUGGGCAAGAACAUUAGAAAUGCUCCAAGAUUGCGUUUGAGAGACAUCGAUGCGACCGAACUGGCAAGACAGCUGACUCUGAUCCAGUUUGAGCUGUUCCACAAGAUCGAUAAGUUUGAUCUUCUGGCAAGAUCGUACAGGUCAGGACGGAUUUUUAAGCACUCGUGUUUGUCCAAGUUUGUCAACAUUGCCAACUUUAUCAAGAACUGCAACCAGAUUACGCACUUUGUGAUCCACAUGAUUCUGCGGCAGCGGGAUCUGCAAGCAAGAGCAGAAAAUAUCAAGUAUUUUGUUAUUGUUGCAGACAAGUUGAUGAAGCUACGCAACUUCUCCAGUAUGACUGCCAUUGUGUCUGGUUUGAGCUCUACGUCCAUUAGUCGACUCAAAAAGACUUGGUCGCACGUUCCGACACAUAUCGUGUCCAACUUUGAGAAGAUGGACCAACUGAUGUCGAUCGGCAAGAACUACAGCGAGUACAGAAACGUUUUGAAGUUUAUUAACGAGGACGAAGAUCCAUGUUUGCCGUUCUUGGGGAUGUAUCUGUCUGAUCUUCGAUUCCUCACGGACGGAAACCCUGAUUACCUGCACGACUCGAACAAGCUGAUUAACUUCAGCAAGCGACUGAACAUCUAUCGGACCAUCGAAGAGGUGAUUAAGUUCAACAAUAGAAACUACCAUUUCGAGAAGAUCGACGAGCUGUGGACGUAUUUGCGCGAGAUCUGGAACAAUCUGCCGGACGAAGACAAAUUGUAUAGCAUUUCGCUCAAGCUGGAGCCGUUGGUGAGCUUGGUCAACCAGCAGCAGGACUCGGAUAAAAAAUUUCUGGGCAUCAACGCGCGUGUUGCCUAG